AUUGGGCAGAAGAGAGGCGCCAAGGAGAAUAUACAUACACUGUUUACAUAUACAAAAACCGGAAGUGGAAUUUUCGGUGCUGUGCGAGCUGGCUAGAACAAAAUGGAGAAGAAAGUGAGACAGCUGUGUCCUCUUUCUGAUCCAGGCACAACAUAUUUUCUGCAAAUAGCUUGGCGCAACGAUCUGGGUAUAGGUUUUGAUGUUAUAUUAACUGAUGGCCAAUCAUCUUGGACUGGGAAAGUGUCUGAAGAAGAGAUUUCCAGAGAGGCUGCUGAUAUGGAAAUGGAGAAAGAAAAAUAUGUAGAAGAAUUAAAAAAAGUAUUGUUGCUUGACCAAGAGUUCUCAGAUACAUACCGUUUUGAUAUUUCUAAAAAAGGAGUAAAUGGAGAAUGGAUUCAUUUUUCAUAUGAAAAGAAUUUGAAAGAUGUUACUUUUAAACUUGGAUCACUGAUAUUACAAAGAGUUACAGACCCACCUGAAGUCAUUAGAGAGUUGAUUAGCUAUUGCCUAGACUGUAUAAAAGAACUACAUGCCAAAAAUGAUCACCUGCAAAAAGAGAAUGAAAGGCUUCUGAGUGAUCUGGAUGACAUGCAAGAACAAUUACAAAAAUGUGUUGAAGCUAAAGAAGAACUGGAGGCUGACCUUUAUAAACGAUUUGUCUUGGUCCUCAAUGAAAAGAAAGCAAAGAUAAGAAGCUUACAGAAAUGUUUAAAAGAAGCUGAAGAAACAGUCCCGGAAACCGCACAAGCAGGGGACACAGUGGUUGCGUCAGGAAGUACAGUUGAAAAAGAAAAUUACGAAGGAAGCACUGAUGAAGAAAGUGAAAAUGUGAUACAACUGACAACAUCAGAGUCAAUCAUACCCAGAAGAGAUUCCCUACUUGGUAGUCCAGAUAUUACUGAUACAGUCCCAAGCAGAAAGAGAAGACAACGGACCUCAAAAAUUGGAAAUAUCAAACCAAAGGUGGCAUUACAAGAAGCCCAGACUACUUCAAAAGAAAAACUAGAUUCUGCUCUACCAAAAUUGUCAGAGAAGCAACUGACCUUGAAAUGGAGAGAGAGAGAGAAAAGCACAGGAGACCCUGAAGACCUCUUUGAUGAUAUCUGACUUUUCUGGAAGACAACGACCUUACUACAAGCUGCUAAAACGCAAUCAAUUAUCUCUUCCAAAGAAAAUAUUUUACAUGUGGCAGUAGAGGGAGUUAUUUGUACUGUAAAAUAAUAUUCAAUAAUUGUUUUAUGUUUUGCUAAUAAAAGUUGUGCCCAUGAAUCACUACAA